GGCGCUUCAACACUUUUGCGCCACUUCGUCGCCAUGUCCGACUUUUAUUUUGAAGGAGAGUUUUCCGCUGCUCGGCUAACCUCAGGUAGAUCCUAAAGCCAUGGCGGCGUCUUCAGCCAUCCUGAGCGGACGUGUAGCCGGCAGGAGCGGCAGCAGGCUGUGGCAUGGCGGCGCUCGACCGCUCGUCCACAUCAGAUCAGCCAGCGCAGCCGAGCGCGGGGCCAGAAAGUCCGAUGAAGACCAUCUGUGGGAGGCGGCGUCGGGUGCAGAGGGUUACCUGCCCUUCAGCAGGGCCAGGGUGGGAUCUUUCUUCCAGGACCAGCCAGUCCUGAAGAAUCCAUUUCUGGAGGAUGCCUUGCUUAGAGGAUACCUAAAGAGACACCUGCCACAGGAGUCUUGUUCUCAGGCUGUUUUCUCUGACCUGAGUGCAUUUGGAGAGCGCGUGGCGAAAGAAAUAGACACGUGGGGUAGAGAGUGUGAGCUCAGCCCUCCUCGGCUGGUGCAUUUCGAUCCCUGGGGUCGGAGGGUGGACCACAUCGUGACCUCUGCGGCCUGGAAACGCCUUAAAGACCUCUCAGCGCAGGAGGGACUGGUUGCCAUCGGCUAUGACAAGUCAUUCGGGGAGUGGAGCCGUGUUUACCAGAUGAGCAAGUUGUACAUAUUCUCCCCCUCGUCUGGUCUCUACACCUGUCCUCUGGCCAUGACGGAUGGAGCUGCAAAGGUCAUCCAAUCUGUAGGCGUUUCACCGCCAGUGGAAGAAGCGUACGGCCGCCUGACCAGCCGUCAGCCCGAGAGUUUCUGGACGUCUGGACAGUGGAUGACUGAGAGACAAGGAGGAUCGGAUGUGGGCACCGGCACAGAGACGGUGGCCGUCCCCCAAACAGACGGCUCCUAUAAGCUGCACGGCUUCAAGUGGUUCACGUCGGCCACAGACGCAGACAUGACUCUCACCCUGGCCAGAGUUCAGGACAGAUCGGGUUCAACGACACCGGGCAGCAGGGGGCUGUCUCUUUUUUACGCAGAGGUCAGUCGAGACGAGGACGGCCGACUGAGAGGCAUUGAAGUCCAGAGACUGAAGGACAAGCUGGGGACGCGACAGAUGCCGACCGCUGAGCUGCUGCUGGACGGCCUGCCCGCGCACAGACUCUCGGAAGAAGGCAGAGGCGUGGCGUCCAUAGCGAACAUGCUGACAAUAACCAGGAUUCACAACAGCGUCUCUGCAGCCGCUGCAAUGAGAAGAGUGCUCCAGUUGGCGCGUGACUACGCCACCCGCCGCACUGCGUUUGGAAAGCUGCUUAAAGACCACCCACUGCAUAUGCAGACCCUUGCAAGGAUGGAGGUGGAGACGCGCGGAGCUUUUCUUCUGGUCAUGGAUGUGUGUCGGCUGUUGGGCCGAGAGGAGAGCGGCCUGGCCAGCCAGCUGGAUGUGCACCUCCUUCGUCUGCUCACCCCUGUGGUUAAACUGUACACUGGGAAGCAGGCUGUGGCUGUGGUGUCUGAGGGUCUGGAAAGCUUCGGUGGACAGGGGUACAUCGAAGAUACCGGCCUGCCUGGGAUACUCCGUGACGCACAGGUCUUGAGCAUAUGGGAAGGGACAACAAACGUUCUGUCCCUGGAUGUGCUGCGCUGCGUGGCUCGUAGUUCAGGAAUGGUUCUGCAUGCUUACUUCGCACACGUCAAGUCGCUGCUUGCAGGCGCCUCGGGUGUUUCCUCACUGGCCCCGGCUGUGAAAGCCAUCGCUGGUGCUCAGUCAGAACUGGAGCAGUUUGUUCAGAUAGCAGCUUCCAGACCCCCCAGUUACCUGCAACUGGCCGCCAGAGACCUGGCAUACAGCCUGGCCCGCAUUUAUGCAGGGGCCCUUCUCAUUGACCACGCCUCCUGGAAAGAUGCCUCCCCACAUGACACCUAUGCAGCGCUCAGAUGGUGCGAACAGGAGCUGUGUCUCGUGGCAUCUAGACAGACGAGAGGUUGCUAUGACUCCAGCACCGCAGCCCUGGACGCUGCGCUGGUUUAUGAUGCGCUGAGUCAAGACUGAACAAGCUUUGGAUCGUGAUGACAUCAUAGCUCAUGUUUUAAAUUUUUUGAUGAUAGAGGCAACAAUAAACAAUAAAAAAUCCUGCCUUUAAUGAGCACAACAAGAAUGACGUUCUAGAAAUUAUGUUCUCUUGUAUGACGCUUGGAUAUUUGCCUUUUAGAUCAUAUUACUUUGGACCUAAGUAAUAUGUGAUUGUGACUAAGUCGUAGGGAGCCACAGUGUUUUCUGUUAUGAUCUUGUUCGGUUAACAGUUAUCAAAAGGGAAAGCUGAUACAUAAAUGCAAUGAAUGAAGAACCCUGACUGAUGCAAAUGCCUGAGGUGUUUUUCUUAGUCCUUGUAUUAAAAGAAGUGCUUACUUAUAGUAAUAA